AAUUAGCAGUCAAAAAGCGAACUCUUGCAUGUAUACUGAUCACUGCAAGAAUCAGUCUCAUUACAACAGGAGUCACCAUGUCUGCUCCCCGGCGGUCGCCUUCUGCGAUUCCAAGAUGCUCAUCAUUUCAGAGCACAGAACUUCCCACUCAAUUGCCCAAGAAGCGAAAGUAUUUUGAAAAUCUAAAGAGCUCCUCAUUUCAGAAUGCAGAGGAACCUCUUACUCAAUUACCCAAGAAGAAAAAGCCUUUGGACGACACAGUAAUAAAUGGAGUUUAUCGGCGUGGAUGUUGGACGAAUGACAAAACAAAUCUCAACAUGGACUCUAGAGGAUGGCAGGAAGAAUUGCCGAGGCAGUUCUCUUCAUCCUCAGGCACACCUCCAAUUCGUAAGAAGGAAUCGGACGACACAGUAAUAAAUGGAGUUUAUCGGCGUGGAUGUUGGACGAAUGACAAAACAAAUCUCAACAUGGACUCUAGAGGAUGGCAGGAAGAAUUGCCGAGGCAGUUCUCUUCAUCCUAUGGGAACACACCUCCAAUUCGUAAGAAGGAAUCAGAAGAAUUGCCGAGGCAGUUCUCUUCAUCCUCAGGCACACCUCCAAUUCGUAAGAAGGAAUCGGAGAAAGAUGUAAUAAACGCCGGUUUUGAUCCUUCAUGCUUGGGUACUAAAAAGACUGAUCUCAGCAAGGUCCUUGGAGGAGCGCAAGCGCCUGCUAAUCCUGGUGUGCCAAAUCCUCCUCCGCCUCCUCCACCUGGUAAUGCUUCCGGUGUAAGGAACCCUUUCUUCUACUCAAGGAAUACAAAGCCAUACUAAUUUACACCCUGUACCUCAUGACAUGGUUUAUCAUUAUGUAAACAAAUGUACAUGAUUUUCAUUGAUUUUAUUUAACAUUUAAAAACAGAAACCAGCAUCUUUUAACAGAAUAUAGAAAUUUGCUUGUUUUACUUCUUUUUUAACCAAAAGGAUCCCUACAUAACUUUUUAACGAAUUUUGUAGCUUAAGACCUCAGUUUUUCAUCAGUGUUGGAUAGACAAAAUAUUAGUGCGCAAAAAACCAGAGGAACACCAUAUGAAGGACGAGUGCACUGUCUAAAGCAGUGGUUCUCAAAGUUUUCCGGACCGCGGACCACUUUACUUAAGUAAAAGCUAUGGCGGA